UUACGUUGUGUGUUGCAGUUUUCUCUCUCUAAAUCAAACUGCUAACUUAAUUUAUGCUGCAGUCGACAAACCGACGCUUUUCGUUCUUUUUUCGCAUUAGGAUUGCUCAAACGUGCGUCAAAAGGGGUUUGGAUUGUAGCGCACCGCUACGUGAGUAGACAGCUGGUAUCAGGAGUAGAUAGUAACCUCUCUUCAUUGCUGAUGUGAAACGCGAUCUCAAUGCUUACCGUUUCACGAUUAUCGCUAGUAUUGUGCAUUCAUCCUUAGUUAUAUUCUUUCUCAAGCACACGUCACUUAUUUUGUUUUAUUUGCAACUAAAAUGGCUAACUCGAAAUCUACGUUUUCAAAUGCGCCAUUCGACCUGCACGUUGGCAUCGUGAGUCGAAUACCAGAUAGUAUGAAGAAGAAGGUCGAGAGCGAUGGAUUUAUUUCCGGUGGAGACAGCUUUGAUCUGGAUCUUGCUCGUCGACAACAUGAAAAGUACAUCGUGACAAUGCGUAAGCUCAAAGUGAAUAUGUUUGAAUUGGAGGCUGAUGAACAUACUCCUCUGUGCUGUUUCUUAGAGGGUAAUACUGUAGUACAAGAUGGUACUGCGCUUAUCUGUAAACCUGCCAAUCGUGCUAAAGAAGAUAUUGACAAAGAGGUAGACGUUGUGAGAAGAGUUCUUUCAUUUGACCUAGGUCAGAAGGUUGUAGAGAUGUCAGAGCAAGAGGGUGCUACACUAGAUGGAGGAGAUGUUCUAUUUACAGGAAAGGAAUUCUUUGUAGGACUUUCCCAGCGGACCAACAUGAAGGGAGCAAUGUUUCUAGCUGAUACAUUUGAGAACUACCCUGUUUCACCUAUCAAGCUAUCUGAUGGUUCCUUGCAUCUGAAAUCGUUCAUGAGUAUGGCUAGUCCAGGUGUCAUUGCUGUAGGCUCCAGUAAAGAUGCACAGAAAGCUCUCAAAGAGAUUGAGUCUAAAGCCUCAUUCAAGUACAGUAAGGUCACACUGCCUGAUGAUGUAGCAGCUAACUGUGUGUAUGUCAACCGGACUCUUAUACAUUGCUCUCAUGAGGACUUCCCAGAAAGCGCCAAGAAAUUUGAAGCACUCUUCCCCCACACCCAUCGUAUUGAGAUGCCAAACAGCGAGUUCAGAAAGGUGGAUGGCGCCCUCACUUGUCGAUCCAUUCUCAUUCAGAAGAAACCCAAAGCAUAGGCAUGAAACUCCAGUCAAGAAGAAAGAAUAUUCAUGUCAUUUCAUGCUGUAAAGAAAAAUGCAAUUCCUGUCAUGGGGAAAACAAAACAACUUUCAUAAUAUUUUGCUGCAGUAGGCAGUUUAUUUCAUUGUAGAUAUUGCAUAGAAAGUCAUUUUGCAGUUUUAAUGUACCAAUAACAGGUAAAUCAUGCAGUACUUAGUUUAUUCAUUUGUCCUUGAAAUGUUUAUUUGUUUAAUAGCUAGGUCAUGUAUUUUUUUUUCUUCAUAUGAGGCAGUCAUUUUUUAUUGUGGAUUUGGAAUUGAAUAAUGUUUCCAAAACUGUUUAAACAUGCCAAUACAUGUUUCAGCAUAUUGCUUUGAUAAUUGUUGCUUUCAAAUCUUGAUAUAGCAUGAACUUAUAAUAUUAUCACUUGACCCACACCAUUGAUACAUGUCUAUGUAGAUACAGUAAAGUAAAAUAAAGUUAGCAGAUUCAUGGCAGUAUAUAGAGGGAGCCUUUUAUUAUACAUCAAAUUUAGACUUGAGCCAAUAUGAAUCAACGUCAGUCAAGGGAAAGUGAAUUAGUAUACAAAUAAUGAAUGCUUAUGAGUUCAAUAGUGCAAAUAUUUUCAUGAGUUGAAAGAUUAACGUUCUAUUCAACGAGGCGUCAGCCGAGUUCAAUAGAAUUAAUGUUAAUCUUUAAACGAAUGAAAAUAUUCGCCCUAUUGAACGAAUGAAAAACAUUCAUUUUUUUUUAUACAACAUUGAAGUAGAUCUAAUAUAACGUUAAUCUUUCAACAAAUUUUGCUUUGCUCCAUUAAAGAUGAAUUAAAGUUGUAGUCAGGCCUUCUUGAUAACAUUCAGAUUGCCUUCACGUACGCGCAGGGCAGAGAGGUACGCAGUCUGCAGACUGCAUUUUACCAAAAAUGCACGCUCGUGGAAUAGUACCAAAAAUCCACGCCUGUGCAAUAGUUUAUCUGUGGAAUAUCAUGUGACCAACAAUCCUCCAAUCAAAUGACAAGGAUCUACUUAGGUGUUGUAUAAUAGGUAAUAUCUCUCCUACUAAAGAAAUAACAAACUGAAGUCUUUUAUGUAUGCUGGUGCUACACUGAGAAUCUGCCAUGACCCAGUGAAACUACUUUCAUUUAUGCCUGGUUUGCAAUUAAUAUAUUACAAUAUUAAUUAAUUUCUGUGACAAUCCUGAACUACUUUAGUACUUUGUGAUUAUAAAAGGAGCGUAAUGAAGGUAAUAUUCUGCAUGAAUCAUUUUUACAGUUGUAAAACACUGUGUACACAUAGAUACAGGAAUGCAUAUUGCAUAUUGACUGAAUUCUAGUAAAUUUGGAACUAUGAUAUGCAAUAUUUAUAAGGUAUAACUAGGAGUAGCUCUGCAAUAGAUUCAGACACAACUUACCAGCUUGUAUAUGAAAUGUUAGCACACAUGUAGGGAAAUGAAGGAGAUUUUAUCUUAAAUUGAUCUGCAGCCUUGCAUCCAUAUAUAUAUACUUUUGUUGUGACUGUUAGUUUUACUUCUUUUCUAUUUCGAUACUUCAAGUAGAUUUCUGAAUCACUUGAUUCAUUAUUUACUUGUAUCUGAAACAGCUUGGAACAUAAUUAUUUCAAAUAUUUCUGGUGUUAUUUGGCACUCCCGUUUUGUUAGUAGUAAUUAAUAAUUUCAAAUUUAGAAAAUAUUUCUAACAUCUAUUGCGUGCAAUAAGUAUGAAAGUGUACUUGAUGUGAAAUACAAAUAAAUGAUUAUUUACAUGUACAUGUAUAUAAACCAUGUAUUUUGGGGUCUUCUACACUCCACCCCUAACAUCAUAUGUACUUCCUAGUAGGUUACAUAAGACAUGGAUAGAACAUUUUAUACAAACUUGAAAGUAACAAAACUGUGAAAAUGCAAUUUGUAUGCUGUAAUUUGAACUUGGUAUAUGUGGUGUGUGUGAUGGUGUUUUUUAGAAUCUAGAAAGAUAUGUGCAACAGCAAACCAAUUUAAAAGCAACUUCCUAAAAAAGAGGAACAUUCUGACUGCUAGAAAGAUGACUGCUAAACAUGCUGUGAUGGGUAUUCAAUCACCUCUGUUAUUCAUAUGUUUGCACUUGUACAUUUUGAGCUGCUAAAUCAAAUACUAUGUGGGUUACAUUAGAGAGAUGGUCUUUAAUUUGCAGAAACAUAUUAAGCAAGUUUGAUUUCUGCAUUAAGAGGUAGUUGUGCUCACUCCUUUCAUGAAUAUUGUAAUUGUAAUUAAAUGGUAGUGCCAUAUAUGAUAGUAACAUUGCUGGUACAUUUACAUGUGCAAUCUUGAAAAGAUUCAUUUACACAAUCAUGGUAUUAAUGUUUUGAUAUUAUACACCAUAUGAUAACAAUCAACAUAAAGCACUCUUGUAUGAUCUGAAGCAGAUAUAAUGGCCCUCAGUCAUAUCUGUAUGCUCCACUUCAUGUAGAAUCCUUUAUUGAGUAGUGGUAGUCUGUAUUUUGUAAUCUUAUAGCAAAGAUUUGCACCAAUUCACAUUCAUGUAGCCUAAUAAUGCAAUUUCCAAGAUAUUUUUUUGAAGUGUAUAGAAAGAAUAUUGAUAUCAACAAUUGCUUGUAAAUUUUAUGGUGAUUCAGACUGCUUUAUCAUCAUCUUCCAUUUGACAACUUUCAUCAUUUAUUAGAUUAUAAUAUUGUAUGUACUCCUUUUUGGAAAUGCUAAUCCUUCAGUCUCCCCCAAACAAAUGAUUGUAGAUGCAUUCAACAUCGUAGAAUUACAAUAAUAUAUCAAGGUUAGCAAUCACUUGUUAUCAUAAUAUGCAUACUAUUUGAAUCCAUAAUGACAAUGUACUCUUAUGAUGCAAUAAUUGACACAACUAGACAAGCAUAAGCUAGCAAAAUAUAUUUCAUUUGAAAAAGUGGAUUAAAGUGGUAUUUUUACAAAGUGUACAAGUAGUUUUUGUAACGACUAUUAAUGACUAUAUAAUCUAAUUUUAGCAGGUUAAUUCUUGAUUGGGUGUGGUUUCAAACAGAAUUGCCAAUAUUUGUGAUUAAUUAAAAAUUUCAUAUUGUCAACAUAA